UAUUUUUCAGUUAAUUUUUAUUUAAUUUUUCAAUUUUAGUAAAAAAUGUCUGCCCAAUCAGCUGGUAUAUAUUUUGAUGAGAUGUCAAAAAUAACAGUGCUUGAGCCUGACAUAAGUCACCAAACUCAGGAGUUGAAAAAUGAGUGUAAAGAUUUUGUGGAAAAAAUUUCAGAUUUUCAAAAAAUUGUGGGAAAUUUUAUUGAAUUAGUUGACUCUUUAGCUCAUGAAGUAGAAAAAGAGAAAAUGAAUGCAAUUGGUUCUCGUAACUUGCUCAAGUCUGUUUCAAAACAGCGUGAAGCUCAGCAGCAACAACUAAGAUCUUUAAUUGCAGAGAAGCAGACUCAACUAGAGAGGUUUAAGAUCCAAUAUGACACAUUAAUUAAACAGGAGGCUGAGCAGAACGACUUUGUUGACCAUUUUAUGACACAAAAGUGAUUUUUAAUGUGAUGUAGAGAAACAUGAUUUUUUUUUAGUUUAAUGUGUUUUUAAUAAUAUAUUUAUUUAUCAUAAUGUAGUAAUAAUAUAAAGGAAAAUGUCUGUAAUAAUACUUUUUUUUGUUGAAAUGUUUAAAAACAAAAGGAAUUAUGUAUUAAAUUUAUGAGUUGCACACAUAUUAAGUUUUUA